GCUGUGGCAAGCGUGCUGCAUGCAGACUGAGCUGUGAGCCCUUCUUGAGAGAGAUCAGCUGUGAGAGCCCACUGGAAGCAGCGCUGCGGCGUGUGCGUGAGCUGGGCACGGCUCAGGGUGAGCAGUGAGCAGGUGAGCUGGGUUGGUGCUGGGUGGGUGCCGGGAGGUGUCUCAGCAGAAAGCGGGGCUGGGCAGGAGUUCCCAGCUCCAGCGGUGCCCCUCAGCACGGCUGUGUCCAGGGGAGAUGGGUUCUGGUUGAGAUUCCCUCCCACGAUUCGAUGAGGACGACGAAAUGUCAUUACUCCCUUGGAAAUCCACUGCUGGGCCCCUGCCUUCAUGUCAGACAUCAAAAAGGAAGGAGAGUGCAGGCUGCACGGUGCAACUUGUGCCUCGUGCCCCACGGAUGGCUGGGUGCAGAGCUACUGAGGAGAUGGAGAAGAGCACCUGCUGGCACCAGCCGUGGCAGUCAGGCACGAGCUGGAGCUGGCACUAGGCAGCUCUUGCAGCCAGCUGAUUUCCAGACAUUGUCCUCCUCAAGGGACUAAAUCGCAUGGCAGAAGCUGGGAAAAUGCUUCUUCCUCAUGAUGUUUCACUUGAUAAUUUCUGCAGGGCUCCUGUCCAAACGGAGUUUCAGAGAUCGAGGCAGUGUCAGGAAGAGUGGAGCCAGGUCUUUCCAGGAGCGAGGGAAGUUCCUGCGGAGAGAGAAAGCUCUCUCUUCAGCUUCCUCUGAGACAGCAGUCAUGUCUCAGCGAGGAGACAUGGAGUGUGUGACAAGAAAGAAGCAGCGCGGCGCGGUUCCCCGCGUUUGGGAGCAGCAGCCAGCAGGCUGCCAGAGAUCCGGCAGCGCCUGGCAGCGCACAGAGGGACGCGAUGGGGACGGGCCGUCCUCACUGCCAUGCAAAAGGACGGAGCCUGCGCGUCCGUGGGAUGGUGCUGGGCCUGGGGGGAAACGGAAAGCCUCCGCAGAAGCCGAUGCCAGCGGCCUUCCUCUGAAGCGCAGCCAUGCGGAAAGGCAGAGGAGGAGCAGCGAGUGUGACAGGGCACCCAAGAGAGAGAUCGGUGCUGAGCCCAAUGGCGAUAUCUAUGUGAAAGUGGUGCAGCAGGUGCAUUCGGAGAGAGCUUGUCAACAGGCAGCAGCUCAAGCUCCUCUCCAGGCUGGAGGGCUUCCUCACAGAGCAGGUCCCAGCACAGGGGGAAGAGCUUCCCCUGCCGCGUGCCCCCACUCCGUCUCCAAGGCCCAGGCUGGAUGCAAACGCAAGGCCUUGGAGGAAGGGACACCAGCAGCAGCGCAGCUGCCUGCCAACAAGAGAGUGAGGGCCGAGAGCGCAGACGGCGUGCCGGCUCCAGCAGCACGGCCUGGGCCUGCCGCAGCACGGAGCUCCAGGUGCAGAGGUGAGCAGGGCUGUGCUACCGCCGCGCUGAGCUGCUGCCCUCUGCAAGCACGCGGAGUCUGCUUGGGGUUUGCUUUGCUUUUUCCUUCUCUGAAGAGGGGAAAGGGGUUGAAGGCUGCCGAGUCCAAAGGCAGCGAGGUGCCGGAACAUGCAAGCCCGUCUCUUUACCUGCAUGGUGGUCUUCUGCACGUCCCACUGGAAAUGUCAUUCACUGGGGGGCUUCCUAGUCCAAUUUCCUUUGUCUUUUUUCUGCCAUUGGUUGCUGCAGUUUUGCUGCUGACAAAACAAAUUCAUCUUUUUUCUCGCCUUAUAGCAAGAAGACAGCGACGAAAGGAGAGGAGAGCAGAGCUGAAGAAGGCUUCUCUGAGAGCAGCUGCUGCACGUGCAGAGGUGAGUCCUGGAGAGCGCAGACACGGCUCUCGUUGCUCUCAGGGCCUCCGUCUGUCAGACAUGAAAGAUUUCCCGAGGGAAGCACUGUCCUGUUUCUACACUCGCUCUGUUUCUUUCCAGUCCUCCGCAAUGAACAGCCUUGUGGAGAUGAUGCAGAGGCUGCAGCUGCACGACUGAGAGGAGGAGCGACAGAAGGCAGCGCUGCAGCGCGCGGCGUUACAGGGCAGCGCUGCGAGUGCCGCCCAACUCGGCACUCCAACUUUGGGUGCAGUCAAUUAAAAACAGCUGCAAUUAGAGACUGACAAGGAGCACACGGCCCGCUUUGUCCAGCGGCACUCAGUGCCUGCUGCACCACCUCCUCGCUCUUGGU